AAAUGUACAUUAAAUACCUUGUGUGGUGCAUACUGUAUGUAUUUUAAAAGAGGGACCUUUCAAGUGAUUACAAACUCUACAUGUACAUGUACAUAUAAUGGUUACCCGGGUACCAGUAUAUACAAUGAGUUUUGGUGUGACUCAGGAGCUGAUGUUCUUAUAUGUUGUAGAAGAAGAUUGACAUGCGUAUCAAUUGGAAACAUCCAGUGAUCUUGACCCUCAUAAUCGGAGUUCCAGUGUCACAUUUUGGGGUUUCAGGAUACAGAUAUUUCACCAGCAAAGGUGAAACGGAAAGUGACAGUCAGGAUAAAAAGUUGCAGCAGUUAUAUGAAGAGAAAUUAAAGGUACAGAGUAGUGAAGCUAAAUAGGAGAUUGACACAAGAGUGACAAGAAAAACUUCAGCUAUAUAAUCAGAAAAGAUGCCAAAAGCACCAAAGACUAAAUUAGGAAAAGUGAGAACUGAGAAAGUGAUUCAUCCAAACAGCAGAAAAGCUGCAUAUUUGGCAGGCCAAGUGAAUCGCAAUGAGAGAGUGCAGAUGUCUAAGCAAGCGUCAUCUCUAAAGUUAGAAGUCCUGGCAGAAAAGUUACUCUGGUUUAAAGAGAGAAUAGAUCCUGAAAAGAAAGUGUUUACAAAAUCUGAUUUUGGAUCUCUAGUACAGGAGUACUUACAGCGUUUUGAUUCUGAACUUGAGCAGAUAGAUAUUGUUCGGAGUGUAGGGAAAAGACAGGGAAAUCCUCAUAGUUCAAGAGAGAAUGCUGUGAAAUUGACCAUUGAAAGGGAGAAGAGACAGAUCGAUGAGGGGUCAUUUGAGGUUCCACAUGUAUUCAAUGCUAAAAACUUGGCAUUUUUCCGAGCUUGGAAUGGGGAAAUUAAGUAUGUUAAAAAUAUCAAGUUGAGCAAAAUAUCAAGUAAAGAUUUAGAAAAGGGCUCUACUGAAGAUGUCAGUGAUGAGAAUGAAGAAAUGGAGGAUGAAGAGGAGGAAAAAGAGAAGGAAAAACCAGAAUCUGCCACUUGAAUGUUUAAUCGUUCUUUGCAAUUUCAAGUCUUGACUAAUUUAAAAUUGUUUUUAUUAAUUACUUUGUUGUGAGGCAGAUUGUUAAGAUUACCAUGAAGAGUUUUUAAUGCAUUUUCUAAUCUUGAUUCAUUAUGUAGUAUCUGAGUUGUCUUUCUUUGUUCAGAAACAUUAUAUAUUGCAAAGUUCUGCUUGUUAAUUAUCGAGGUUUUUUGUUAUCAUUAUUUCUUCAUACAUGUAUCAUGUCAUUGUUUUUUAUGGCUCCAACUGUCUGGAGUUAAAGAAUUGAUAAAUAAAAUUAACGGAAGUUGUUAAACAGCGAUUUAAUGAAAUGAUGGAAAAUUUAUAUUCUAUUUUCACUAAUAAUAAAUUUGUGUAACAAGAA